AUGGCACCCUCCUCAAUCGCGGACCUGGUGGCCGCCCUCCCAGCGGAGGACACCUGGGGCCCCGCCACCAACGGCGACAACAUGCUCUCGGGCGUGCCGUAUGCUCCCUUCUCUAAGGGCGACAAACUAGGCCGCAUGGCUGACUGGACGGCCGAGUCCAAGGACCGUGAGCGCCAGGGUCGUCAACCGUACAACCGGAACUUCAGAGACCAACAGGUUUACGGUGCCGGUUCCUCGAGCCUUUUCACGGUCCAGGCGGCAGAAGACGAGUCCUCGUUCUCCGUGGUCGACAACACGCGGUCCUCGACAAAGCGCACAUUCGGCCGCGGCGGUGGUACUGUGUUCCGGGGCCGUGGUCAACGUGGCGCCCUGGGCCAGCGCGGCGGCGGUCGUGGCGGCUUCCAGCGCGUUGGAGCCGGUCGUGGUCAGGACCGCUACUACGACAACCGAGGCGGUCGCGGCAACCGUGGUCGUCGAUUCGGGUGGAAGGACUGGGACAAGCCGCAGCGCACGCGCGAGCCGUCGGUCAACAUCCGGCCCGAGUGGGCUAUGCUGGAGGAAGUGGACUUCUCUCGUCUGUCCAAGCUGAACCUCGAGGCGCCCGAGGGCGAGGACCUCGACUCGUAUGGUUUCUUGUACUACUACGACCGAUCUUACGACAAGCCGCCCGUCAAGAAUGCCGAGCGUAGGCUGCAAGCGCUCGACCGCGCCGCAUACAAUGUCACCACGUCGCAGGACCCCGUCAUUAACGAGCUGGCUGAGAAGAACGAGGCCACUGUCUUCGCUAGCUCGGACAUCCUGUCCACGCUCAUGUGUGCCACGCGCAGUGUGUACUCGUGGGACAUUGUUAUCGUUCACCAGGGCGACAAAAUCUUCCUCGACAAGCGGGACGGCUCCUCGAUGGAUUUGGUGACAGUUAACGAGAACGCAGUGGACGCGCCGCUUGAGGUCGCUGAGGCCUCGGGCAAGCACGACGCCAUCAACACUCCCAGUGCGCUCGCCAUGGAAGCGACGUUCAUCAACCACAACUUCGCCCUGCAGACCCUCACCGAGUCGUCGCAGGCCAAGGUUAACUUCACGCACCCCAACCCCUUCCACAACGAGGCCGAGGAGACGGAGCCGCUCGCGUCCAAGGGCUACAAGUACCGACGAUUCGACUUGUCGCUGGAGCGCGACGAGGAGCCGGUGCGGAUGAUCGUGCGGACCGAGGUGGACGCGGUUAUGAAGAACCCGACGGGCGGUGCCGACCAGCAGCUGAUCGUCAAGGCGCUGAACGAGUUCGACAGCAAGGCCCAGGGCUCGGGCGGUGCCCUGGACUGGCGCAGCAAGCUGGUCUCGCAGCGCGGUGCCGUCAUUGCCACCGAGAUGAAGAACAACAGCACCAAGCUCGCCCGCUGGACCACCCAGGCCAUCCUGGCCAAGGCCGACGGCAUGAAGCUCGGCUUCGUCUCGCGCAACAACCCCCGCUCUGCCGCCGGUCAUGUCAUCCUCGGCGUUGCCGGCUACAAGCCCCGCGAGUUCGCUACCCAGAUGAACCUCAACCUCGGCAACGGCUGGGGUAUUGUGCGCACCAUCGUCGACCGCAUCCGCACUCUCGACUCCGACGAGCCCGCCGACAAGAUCAAGAAGUACGUCCUCAUUAAGGACCCCAACAAGUCUGUUCUGCGCCUCUACAGCGUCCCCGCCUCCACCUUCGAGGAGGACGAGGAGGCCGAGGCCAUCGAGGAGGAGAACAAGGCCGACGCCGACGAGUAG